CCCCGCGAUGCCGGCCCUAUAAAUACGUGCGUAACGGAAAUUUUGACGUUAUUACCAGUUCGGCAAGCCUCUUAACCGGUCGCGCCGUACAUAGACUGAAUUUAUUUAUUAAACUAUUUCUACGUUAAGUUCAACUAAACUCAAUCAAAAUGCGUGAGUGCAUCUCAGUACACGUUGGCCAAGCCGGAGUCCAGAUCGGAAAUGCUUGCUGGGAGUUGUACUGCCUGGAGCAUGGCAUCCAGCCCGACGGCCAGAUGCCCACAGACAAGACCAUCGGGGGCGGAGACGACUCAUUCAACACCUUCUUCAGUGAAACUGGCGCUGGCAAACACGUGCCCCGCGCUGUGUUCGUCGACUUGGAACCCACUGUCGUAGACGAGGUCCGCACCGGCACAUACAGGCAGUUGUUUCAUCCAGAACAACUUAUCACUGGUAAGGAGGACGCGGCCAACAACUACGCGCGCGGCCACUACACCAUCGGCAAGGAAAUCGUCGACCUAGUACUCGACCGCAUCCGCAAACUCGCCGACCAAUGUACCGGACUACAGGGCUUCCUGAUCUUCCACUCCUUCGGUGGAGGUACCGGCUCCGGUUUCACCUCUCUCCUCAUGGAACGCCUCUCGGUUGACUACGGAAAGAAGUCCAAACUGGAGUUCGCGAUCUACCCAGCUCCCCAGGUCUCCACCGCUGUCGUUGAACCAUACAACUCCAUCCUGACCACCCACACAACCCUGGAGCACUCCGACUGCGCGUUCAUGGUCGACAAUGAGGCUAUCUACGAUAUCUGCCGUCGCAACUUGGACAUCGAACGACCAACAUACACCAACCUCAACCGUCUCAUCGGUCAGAUCGUCUCUUCCAUCACCGCUUCCCUACGUUUCGACGGCGCUCUCAACGUAGACCUGACAGAGUUCCAGACCAACUUGGUGCCAUACCCACGCAUCCAUUUCCCCUUGGUAACCUACGCGCCAGUAAUCUCCGCUGAGAAGGCUUACCAUGAACAGCUAUCAGUAUCGGAAAUCACGAACGCUUGCUUCGAACCAGCAAACCAGAUGGUGAAAUGCGACCCCCGUCACGGCAAAUACAUGGCUUGCUGCAUGUUGUACCGUGGUGACGUCGUGCCUAAGGACGUGAACGCUGCUAUCGCGACGAUCAAGACCAAGCGUACGAUUCAGUUCGUGGACUGGUGUCCUACCGGUUUCAAAGUGGGCAUCAACUACCAGCCACCCACCGUUGUGCCCGGCGGAGACUUGGCUAAAGUGCAGCGUGCUGUAUGCAUGUUGUCCAACACCACUGCCAUCGCCGAAGCGUGGGCUCGUCUGGACCACAAGUUUGACCUGAUGUACGCCAAGCGUGCCUUCGUGCACUGGUACGUCGGAGAGGGUAUGGAGGAGGGAGAGUUCUCUGAGGCUCGUGAGGACUUGGCGGCGCUGGAGAAGGACUACGAAGAGGUCGGCAUGGACUCCGCGGAGGGCGAAGGCGAAGGCGCCGAGGAGUACUAAGCAUUCAGCGCACACCGAAAACAUUCCGGUGUUUUUUUUGAAAUAAAAGAAAACAUUCUAAAUUA